AGGAAGUGCUUGAAAUCCGUCCCGCAAUUUUUACUGUCCGACAUACCAUCUGGUUAUCACCCUGACUUGAAGAGAAAAACAGUGAUUUUUCUCAUUUUCUCUCAGCCAAACUGAUUUGUUUGUACUCUUAAAUUACCGACCUUCGUUCCGGAUACCACAAUGUUCUCUCCGAGGUUGCUGUUUCUGCGGUCGACUGCACCCAUCAUGAGCAGGUCAUUCUGCUCAGGCAGAACAUCGAAGCGGGGCAGGGCGCCCGACAUGGUCGAGGGAAAUCCUCUCUUGCACGUGUCAAAUGUGCGGAACAGGCUGAGAGAAAUUGUGGGAGCUUCCACUAACUGGAGUGACCAUCAGCAGGCCAUGGCAGAGCGUGUGUCCCUGUCAUCCAUGUUGGCCAAGUCUCAAAAUGAUCUUCCAGCGAAGAGGAUGAAGGACAGCUACCUGGAGGUGCAUCUGCCGCUGGGCUCUGAGCCACAGCUCCGAGAGAAAUACCUGACCUUCCACAACACUGUCAGGUUUGGAAGGAUCCUGGAGGACUUGGACAGUUUAGCAGUCCUCAUUUCAUACUCUCACACCUAUAACCCAGCUCUAAAGAAAUCUCCUCUGUCGAUUGUCACCGCCCUGGUGGAUAAGAUCGAUAUGAGGCAGCAUGUCAUCUAUCCUGACUGCGACAUCAAGUUUACUGGUAAUGUGACGUGGGUAGGGAGGACCUCUAUUGAAGCCAAGAUGCACAUGUCACAGUACUUUGAUGGAGUGUAUACCCCCGUUCUGGACGCUACAUUUGUAAUGGUGGCCCGAGAUCCGGAAAACAAGAGGGCAGCGUUCGUAAAUCCACUGAAGCCUGACGGACCAGAGGAAGAGAAACUUCUCCAAGAAGGAGAAGCUAAUAAAUCCCGCCGCGUGGAGCUGAGCACAGCAUCGCUGCUGAAGGUUGCUCCCACUGAUGAGGAGAGGAAGAUUGUCCACAGUCUGUUCCUCAACACCCUGGACACAAACACAGUCAGUUUCCGCAGCAGAGUCCUGCCCCCGAACUCAGUGUGGAUGGAAGAUGCCAAACUGAAAGGACUGGAGAUCUGCCACCCUCAGGAGAGGAACAUAUUCAACAGGAUUUUUGGAGGUUUUCUGAUGAGGAAAGCCUACGAGCUGGGCUGGGCCAACGCCUGCUCCUAUGGAGGAUGUCGGCCACGUCUGGUGGCUGUUGAUGAUAUCCUCUUCCAGAAACCAGUCGAGAUUGGCUCUUUGCUGCUGCUCUCAUCACAGGUGUGUUACACGCAGGGGAAUUACAUCCAGGUCAGAGUUCAUAGCGAGGUCUAUGACCCGUUGACCAGCCAGCACAACACCACCAACGUCUUCCACUACACCUUCAUGUCAGACUGCGCUGUGCCCAACAUCAUUCCUAAGACAUAUGGAGAGUCGAUGCUGUACUUAGACGGGAAAAGACACUUUAACCAAACCGUGGAGCACUGAGAGAUCAAAUCUGCCCGCUUCCAAAGCCGUUCAGUCCUGAGUGUGUGAACUGAGAACAAUGAAUGCAGUUUAUGCCUCUGACAGCCUUUUACAUCAAGCCUUUUUUUACUUUUACACAAUCCACAUGGGGACUAUAUUUGAUUCCUCUUACCUUAUUUGCUCCACAUUUUGAUGCGCACAGCAAAACACGUGUGUCUGUUUUAUUUGCUACUUUUUUGUAACAAGUUUACAGCUUCCCAACUGUUACACAUAGAGGUGAAAGUUCCUGUCCUGCUGUCCCAUCUUUAUCCUGUAAAUCCCUGACUCACUGUUUGCAUGAUGCUACACUACAGUAUGUUAAGAGUUUUAUAUUUCUCCAUCACUUCACUUCUACGCACAUGCUUGGGAAGCUUUAUUCUGAAUGUGUUAGACUGCUGUGUGUGGAACAAGGGUGUCAUUUUUUAAUUCUUAAGUCAUGUAUUUACUCAAAUGCUAUAAAUAAAUUCUAUUUAUCUCGACUUUA